UGUUCGGCGGCUGCUGCCGGCCGGGAGGGGGCCCGACCGUGGGCGGAACCCUCAAGGCUAGAGGGGCCGGCAGUAGCAGCGGCUGCGGGGGCCCGAAGGGAAAGAAGAAGAACGGAAGAAACAGAGGGGGCAAAGCCAACAAUCCCCCAUACUUGCCCCCCGAGGCUGAAGAUGGAAACAUCGAAUAUAAACUGAAGCUGGUGAAUCCUUCCCAGUACCGCUUUGAGCACCUGGUGACACAAAUGAAGUGGCGGCUUCAGGAGGGUCGCGGUGAGGCUGUCUACCAGAUUGGGGUGGAAGACAAUGGGCUGCUGGUGGGGCUGGCAGAGGAGGAAAUGCGGGCUUCCCUCAAGACCCUGCACCGGAUGGCAGAGAAGGUUGGGGCAGACAUCACCGUUCUCCGGGAGCGUGAAGUGGAUUAUGAUAGUGACAUGCCCCGGAAGAUCACUGAGGUCCUAGUACGAAAGGUCCCUGACAACCAGCAGUUCCUAGACCUCCGUGUGGCUGUCUUGGGGAAUGUGGACUCAGGGAAGUCAACUCUGCUUGGAGUCCUGACCCAGGGAGAGCUGGACAAUGGGCGGGGCCGAGCCCGGCUCAACCUGUUCCGGCAUCUGCAUGAGAUUCAGUCUGGCCGAACUUCCAGCAUCAGCUUCGAGAUCCUGGGUUUUAACAGCAAAGGAGAGGUGGUGAAUUACAGUGACUCACGGACUGCAGAAGAGAUCUGUGAGAGCAGCUCCAAGAUGAUCACCUUCAUCGACCUGGCAGGCCACCACAAGUACCUGCACACCACCAUCUUUGGCCUCACCUCAUACUGCCCCGACUGUGCCCUCCUCCUCGUCAGUGCCAACACGGGGAUUGCUGGCACCACAAGGGAACAUCUAGGGCUGGCCCUGGCCCUGAAAGUGCCCUUCUUCAUCGUGGUCAGCAAAGUAGAUCUGUGUGCCAAGACCACAGUGGAGAGGACAGUACGCCAGCUGGAGCGGGUCCUCAAACAGCCUGGCUGCCACAAGGUCCCCAUGCUGGUCACCUCUGAGGAUGAUGCCGUCACCGCUGCCCAGCAGUUUGCUCAGUCACCCAAUGUCACUCCUAUCUUCACACUGUCCAGUGUGUCUGGAGAAAGCCUGGACCUGCUCAAAGUCUUUCUAAACAUUCUGCCACCGCUCACCAACAGCAAAGAGCAAGAGGAACUCAUGCAGCAGCUGACAGAGUUCCAGGUGGAUGAAAUCUACACAGUACCAGAGGUGGGGACUGUUGUUGGAGGGACACUUUCCAGUGGGAUUUGCCGCGAGGGGGACCAGCUGGUGGUGGGCCCCACAGACGAUGGCUGCUUCCUGGAGCUGAGAGUGUGCAGCAUUCAGCGCAACCGCUCUGCCUGUCGUGUGCUGCGAGCUGGUCAGGCUGCUACAUUGGCCCUUGGGGACUUUGACCGUGCACUGCUUCGCAAGGGCAUGGUGAUGGUGAGCCCCGAGAUGAAUCCCACCAUCUGCUCAGUGUUCGAGGCAGAGAUAGUCCUACUGUUCCAUGCCACCACCUUCAGGCGAGGUUUCCAGGUGACAGUACACGUCGGCAAUGUACGUCAGACAGCAGUGGUGGAAAAGAUCCAUGCCAAGGACAAGCUGCGGACAGGGGAGAAGGCAGUGGUACGUUUCCGCUUCCUGAAACACCCAGAGUACCUGAAAGUGGGCGCCAAGCUGCUGUUCCGGGAGGGUGUCACCAAGGGCAUUGGCCAUGUCACUGAUGUGCAAGCCAUUGCAGCAGGAGAGGCCCAGGCCAACAUGGGCUUCUGAGCUCCUCCAGGCAGGGACAGCUCUAUUACAGUCCCUACAAUAUACGAGGUGACUUCCGGCCAUGCUGCCCUCUGUUGGCUAGGGAAAGGGGUGCUCGCUGCCAGUUGCUCCCCACCACCGUUUUGGAGAGGUGUCAAGCUUGGUGUGGCUGGGGAGGGGCGGUUCUGAGGGAGAAGAAAGGAGCCUUCAGGGCAGUGCUCAGUGGCUGUGCACCCAUCUGGUUGACUCAUCAACCCUGACAACUCUGUGGCCUGUCUACUGGAGGGAGCGAACUGUGGCCACCUUGGCCUCACUAUCAGGACUGAGCGUGAUCUACCGAUGUGGGCCCUGCACUUCAGGAAUUGUUACAACUAGGGGUGGUCCUCAAAAGCACUCCUUUUUCUAUACCUCAAGGCCAUGUAAGUUGCCCUUCGCUACCUGACUGGACAAAAGAAAUCUGCUACUGGCCACCUGGUGGCCCAGGUUCUGAAGAAAUGGCACAGGGAAAGUGAAUGGCAGUGCUCCCACCCUGUGCUGAGGCCUGAGGCCUGUUUCUCAGCUUUAUCUCCCUUUUCCUUCACUCAAGGGCCAUUUCCCCAGUUCCUCCUCUCACAGGCCCCACAGGUGCUAUUUGUUGUGCUGGCCCACGCGUGGGGCUGCCAAGCUGAGGCUUGGCAUACUAAAGGUCAGCUGCAUGUCAGUCAGUCUCGUCCCUUACUCUCAAGUAAUCUGUUGGUUUUAAUGCUGAAUCAAACAGUAUGUUUUACUUUCACAGACUAGUGGCUGGGGACCUGACCCAUAGCUCCCCUACCUGCCACUUUCCCCGCCCCCUUCCUGCUCCCACGCCCUCUCAUUUUACUAAUUUGCAGUGACCAUCCCCUUCCCUCUGUUGCAGGGAACCAGGAGGAAAGGGAGAGAUGUUGCCAUAUUUCCUACCUUUAGGGCAUGGACUCCCUCCUUUCCCUUUGUUAGUGUCCUGGGUUCGCAUGGACUCAGGGAUUUGUUGGUUAAGGUUUCUCUGCAUAUAUAUAUAUAUUAUAUAUAUAUAUAUAUACACAAACAUAUAUAUUGUACAGAAUAAAAAUGUUUUAUUGGAUAUACUGUGCUUA